UAUAAAAACCAAAAAUAACAUAAAACAAUUACAGCUUAAAAAGAUAAAAAAAAAAAAGAAAAUGUCGCACACCAUCGGUGAUUAUAGACUGUUGUCUUUCGAUACCUACCAGGACUAUCUGAAAUCAAAUACAAAGACUGAUGCGUAUAAGUAUUUGAGGAACGCUAAAGUUGUGAAUCAGGUGGUUAAGCUAGGCUAUCACACGAAUGUCACCAUAUACGAGGAAAAUCAAUUUUACGAGAUCAAAGAAAAACUUCUCGAGCAAAUGAAUCCAGUAUCGCAUCAUGGCUUGUUGUUUAGUAGUUUUAUGAAAGGUAAUGAUCCGGCUUUAUGUGCUCUGGCGUCGCGAGAAGAGCGCAACAUGCAGAAGAAAUUAUCGACCAUUAUAUUUGUGCAGCAACGACGGCGCAGUGGCUUCGAUAUAUCCGGCUAUAUAGACUACGAGGAUAGCUUGCGGGCAAGCAGCCUUCAUCUGCUCGGCUGCACCAAUUGGCAGGCCAUAUUCGAGGGCCGCAUCCUGUUGAGGCCGAAACACACCGACUUGAGCUACUAUGAUUGGCACAGCGGCAAAAUUCACUACAAUAACACCAACAACUAUGACGUCAUGCAUGUUGGCAUUGCCUUGCUAUUCAAAUACAAGGGCGAUCACAAAUACAUUCCGUUGAUAAGUUCGGAUGGCCUCUUCAGAGAAAAUGUGAAGCGCACAGCCAUAGCGUCGCCAAUGUACGGAAUGAUGGUUUUAUAUGAUCAUAUCAUUAGGAAGGCCACCUAAUAAUAUAUAGCUAUAACCAUUUUUACAUAGACAUACAAAUACAGUGUGUAGUACUUCAUCUAUAGUAUAAG